AUAGCUGUGGCCCCAGCAACGGUGAAUGUUCCGCGUAAUCGCUAAUUUGAACACGACACGCGACGACACAGCUCUGAUUGACACGUACAGUUGACGAUGAAAUUACACGUUUUCUCAAUUAAGACGACUUUAAAAAUGAUUGAACAUCAUUUUUCAAUGCAAUUGAAACCCGAUUUUGCCUUUCAAUGGACGUGUACGCAUUCAAAUGCAAAUAGAAAACGCGAAAGUAAGAGAGGAUGGCGGUUUGGUUUGGGUUCGUAACAUGGCCCAUUCGGGUAUAUGGAUUUCUUCCGCUCCAAUAAUGUAUCGCAUUUUUCGAGUUUAAAUAGCUCUUUCUGUGAAAACUCUAUACUCUGCCAAUCUACCAGUUUACUACUCCAUCAGCCGAGCACGUUUAGCGAAGAACCCGAAAAUGAAUUCUCCGAUUCGUAAACUUGCCGGUGCGAAGAAGCAGUUUGCGCACGUCCAAUCCAAAGUUGACUGCAAGAGGCCAGCAAUUCCAUCGGCUGAGGCCGCCAAACCGGUCCGGGUGGAGAGUCCCAAAUUGAAGACGAAAUCGCCCGUUGUCACCGGUGCAUCGUCGUUCAAAUCACCUCCAGUUCAGGAAUUGGCUAAACCCUUUCACGCCAAACCUGUUCCACCUAGCCACUACGGCCAGCCGUUUCGACCUGUGCUGAGACGAAAGAGCCCUCUGCCCAACAACGAGGCUCCGAAAGUAAUGGAAGUUCCUACUGCAAAGGCUGUUGAAGCCGCUCCAUCACAAGACGCAGUUGAGGAAGUUGCAGAGGUCGACGUAGCUGUUGAAGUUCCUGUUGAAGCUGCUGAAAACGCAGCUGAUGUCGUUGCAGACCAAGUUGAGGAAGUUCCGGCUGUCGAUGAAGUUGUUGAAGUCGCUCCGGCCGCAGAAGCAGAGGCCGUUGAGGAAGAUGCUGCUCAGGUCAUUGAAGAACUUCCUGUUGCUGAAGAGGCUGUUGAAGCCGCCGAUGAGGAUGAAGCUGCGCCUCCCGUUGUAGCAUUGGCUGCUGAGGCCCUUCUUCCUUCUGAAGUUGUUUCUGGAACUGAGAAGAAGAAGCGCAAUCGCAAGAAGAAGAAGUCUUCUUCUGCUCCGGGUGUUCCAUCUGCCCCAGAGGCUUCACCUGUUCAAGUUGAACCACACGUGGUCGAUGAAGCUUGGUUCGCCCAACUGACCAGGAAGCAGAAACGUAACAUUUAUACCAACAAAAAACGUUCGGCUUCUUGGCGAGCUCAGCGCGAGGCCUUGGGCCCCGAUGCUCACAUUUACAUACCGCCACGCCUUCGUGGAGCCCCUGAAGUUCCGGCCGCUGUUCCUGCAGCACAUGCUUAAACAUCGAUGCAAUUUGGCAUGUUUUUUUUCCGAUCCAGACUCUACAGAUGUCUGCCAACAUCCUGAACUGAUCCUACUCAUCUGCAUAUUCGAGACUUUGUGUGCUAAUAGCUCUGCUUUUCAUUCAUUUUGUUUUGGUGGCUGUUUGGACGCAUGGAAAGAGACGGUAUCGAUACAGCACUUUUCUCCGAUAAAAGUGCUUAUUAUCUGUAACCGACUCUACGUGCCGACAAUCGCCCCAAAGCUAUGGUGAUUGCAGAGCUCACAACUUCUCGCUACACACUGAAUCUAUCACGACCAGUUCUCGUUUGCAACAUCACGCAGAUGCAUUUGUAUUAAAUUAUCAUUUUGUUUUUCCUUUAUAUUUUUCAAUCGGCCAACUAUUUUUAACUGUUCUGUCAGUUUAAAUUACACAAAAUUUUUUGUGAUUGAA